CCUUUAAGAAUCCACCGCUCGCGACUUCUUCCCUGCUGGCCCGCGUGCUGACUGAGUUCGGACCUAACUUUGCUAACGGGAGCCUUUUGACUUUUUACCCUCUUUUUCCUGUCUGUCAGCUCAGUCUGAAACGCAUAAAAAAGUGCCAUUUUUAUACCAAUGUCAAUUCUGCUUGACUCAAUUUCUGAAUUCGGUCACACCUCCCACUGGCUCUUUCACCUCGCCUCUGGCUCCUAGACAACUGGCGUGGUAGCCGGUGCUGCUGACGGUUUCCUCUCAGCUCUGUAGCUAUUACAGUAAAAUUAUUAUUAUUAUUUUUUUUUUUUCCAGCUAAUAUGUCCGAGGAGCUAGAGCACAUCCUGUCUCAGCUGACCCUCCCUGAUAAUGCGGCUAUUCAAAAGGCCACUGCUCAGUUGAAACAGGCUUUCAAAGACCCAGCGAUAAUCCCAGCACUAUGCACGGUUAUGACUGGAUCCACAAAUCCACAGAUUCGGCAGUCAGCUGUGGUGAUGUUGAGAAUGAGAGUCAAAAAGCACUGGAGGAAAAUUAUUCCUGACCAUAGAGAGAGUCUGAAGGAAGUGGUCUUGCAAGCUUUCCGGCAAGAAACAGAGCACACAGUUCGCUACUCUCUCUCUCAGCUCACCGCAGUGAUGGUGAAACAUGAAACACCUGACCGCUGGCCUGCGUUGUUUACUCUGUUGACUGAAUCCACCAACAGCAACAACCCUCAGGACAGGCAGGUUGGCCUGUUGUUACUGAGCAAAGUUGUGGAAUCCAACCCUGAGCCCUUCAAGCCUCACUACAAGCAGCUGCUGCAGCUGGUUGGUGUUGUGCUCCAGGAUGUAUCCAACACCACUGCCUUGUACUAUUGCAUCCUCACCCUCACUGCCAUCACAGCUUACACUGGCACAGAGGAGAUGAACCUGAUGCGCUCGUUAAUCCCAAAACUGUUAAUUGCUCUAAAACACCUCAUUCAGGCUGACCAGGUUCAGGCCAGUGAAGCAAUGGAGGUUUUUGAUGAGUUGAUGGAGAGCGAGGUCUCUAUUGUGGUCCCACACAUUACUGAAAUUGUUCGCUUCUGUUUGGAGGUGAGUGCAGAUGUUUCACUCAGCAAUUCUCUGCGUGUCAAGGCCCUGUCUUGUAUUGCCCUCCUCAUUAGACUCAAGAGCAAGGCUGUGUUAAAGCAGAAGCUUUUGGCACCAAUCUUGCAAGUAGUGUUUCCCAUUUUGAGUGCAACACCUCCACCUGGAGAGGAGGACCCAGAGGAUGAGGAGAACGCUGAAGGUGAUAGUGACAGUGAAAGUCCCAAACACUUUGCUGCUCAGGUGAUCGACACAAUGGCUCUUCAUAUGCCACCUGAAAAACUUUUCAACCAACUGAUGCCCCUGACUCAGGCUUGCCUGGCCAGUGAGAAUGCUUAUGAGAGGAAAGGAGGUCUCAUGUGUCUAGCAGUGCUGGCAGAGGGUUGUGCUGACCACAUUCGCACUAAGUUGCUGUCGUCCAUGCUAGAGACAGUGUGCCGGAGUCUGUCUGACAGUAACCAGGUAGUGCGCAGUGCAGGCCUUUUUGCUCUGGGUCAGUUCUCUGAGUACCUGCAGCCUGAAGUCAGUAAAUACCACGCAGAGCUGAUGCCGCUGUUACUAGGAUACAUGUCUUCCCUGAAUGAGGCCAAAAUUGGCCAUGUCACCAAGGCUUUUUAUGCCCUGGAGAACUUCCUAGAGAACCUGGAUGAUGAUAUUCAGUCUUACCUGCCCACUCUUAUGGAGACCAUGCUGUCAGCCCUGAACAACACAAUCAACCUUAAGCUUAAGGAGCUUGCUGUCAGUGCUAUAGGCGCCAUCGCAAACGCUGCCAAGGAGAUGUUGGUGCCAUAUUUCCCUCCUGUAAUAGAGAGCUUAAAGGGUUUCCUGACAGACACACGAGAUGAAAUGAGAUCACUGCAGACACAGGCCUUGGAUACACUGUCUGUGUUGGCCCGCACUGUUGGUAAGGAUGUGUUUGGUCCGUUGGCUGCAGAGUGUGUGCAGCUGGGUCUGAACCUUACUGAUGCUGUGGAUGAUCCCGACCUGCGCCGCUGCACGUAUAGCUUGUUCUCAGCUGUGUCCACAGUCAGUCCAGAAAGUAUUGAUCCUCAUCUUACUGCAAUCACCACAUUGAUGCUCCUGUCCCUAAAAUCUACGGAGGGUGUGACGACUCAUCUAGAGGAGGAUAAGCAGUUUGUUCUCUUGGAUGAUGAUGAUGAUGAUGAUGAAGGUGAUACUGUAUUGGAGGAAGAUGGAGAGAAUGAGGUGGAGGAUGUUGCUGGCUUCAGCGUGGAAAAUGCUUACAUCGAUGAGAAGGAGGAUGCUUGUGAUGCCCUGGGGGAAAUUGCCUUUAACACUGGUGCUGCGUUCCAGCCCUUCCUGGAGUCAAGCUUUGAGCAGGUCUAUGGUCUCUGUGAUUUUCCACAUGAGAAUGUGAGGAGAGCGGCCUUUGGUGCCCUGGGCCAAUUCUGUCGAGCUCAGCACAAAGUGUGGCAGGAAAAUCCUACUGAGGCUAAUCAUCAGGCACUACAUAAACUGCUUGACGUGGUGAUGCCCUGCUUCCUGGAGGCAGUGAAACAGGAGCGUGAGCGACACGUAGUCAUGGGAGUUUUGGAGGCUAUGAACAGCGUCAUCAAAUCAUGCAAGGGGGAGGCGUUGCAGACCCCACACAGAUUAGCCGAGGUCAGCCAUGCCAUCCGAGAUGUGCUGAAGAAGAAGACCGUUUGUCAGGAUGGAGGAGGGGAUGAGGGAGACGAUGAAGAACAGCAGGCCGAGUAUGAUGCCAUGUUGCAGGAGUUUGCUGGGGAGGGAAUUCCUGUCUUGGCUUCAGCCGUACCAGCAGAAACCUUUUAUUCUCACCUCAAUGACCUACUGCCUCUCAUUAUGAACAAAGCUAAGUCUUCCUGUACUGUGGCAGAUCGCUCCUUCUCUGUGGGCACACUUAGUGAGACACUGCACUCCCUGGUUGGUGUGGCUGGAGGCCGGGCUGUCGCAGGAAAGUUGUCCAAUCGGCUGCUGCCAGUGCUCGUGGCUGGUGUUAAAGACAGUGAUGCAGAGGUGCGCAAUAACAGUGUGUUUGGCUUGGGAGCUCUAGCGCAGGCUGCUGGACCAAUCAUCUCCUCUGAUUACCCAAUGAUGCUAUCUCUCUUCUCUAACCUGCUGGUCAAAGAGUCAGACAGGAGAGUGAUUGAUAAUCUGUGUGCUGCGCUUUGCCGGAUGAUCAUGAGCCACAUGGAGGGAGUGCCACUAGAGCAGGUGCUUCCUGCUCUUCUGGAUCGUCUGCCUCUGAAGGAAGACCUUGAGGAAAAUAAGACUGUCUACAGCUGCCUGGCUUUCCUCUACUCCCAUAACCCAGCACUGGUUGUUAGCCAUAUGAAGCCAAUCCUGUGUGCUACAGCACAAGUACUAGGAACAAAGGAUAUUGAUGCAGACACCCAGAACACCCUUGUCAUGUUGCUCAGAGACAUUGGCCAACGAUACUCCCAGGAAUUUGAGAGUGCUUUGAUGUCACUUCCAGUUGAGCAAAGAACAAAGAUGACCACUGCUGUUGCUCAAUCCUAGUCUAUUUUUCACUAAGUGAAAAAUAGCCAAAAUUCAAAUAGGAUAUAUAUAUUUUUUGGGUAUAGCAGACAUUUAACCAUCAACUAGUCACUUAAGUACACUUCAGCACUUCCCUUCACUAAUUUGUUUUGCAGUGUUAUAAUUUAUUUCAUUUUUUGUCUUUGUAAAAAAAAAAGUGACAUUUCUUUUAUUAACUGUUAUUGUGGCUUGUUUUGAAACUAGUUUGAUCUGCUGCAUCUCUAACAGACUCAUGAAAUACUAUACUUUGAAUAUAUUUGGAGGUUUGAACUCACUUUGCAAUGAAAGAUGCAUUUCUCAAAUGCUUAACAUUUUUCUCUAGAUGGUCACUCAGCAUAUUGAAUCACUACUGCAACUCAAGAUGGUUAUAUAAAGAAAAAAUAUAUUUAUGAAAACACUUAAAUGUAUAGUAGCUCUUGCUGAGAUCAGCAGUUUCACAAAGCAUGUUCAGAAGAAGUUUAUGUCCUUGCAUAUUCCCAGUUUUUAGUGGAGCACAUAGUUUAAUCUUCAGUAAAAAGCCAUUGCUUCAGUUUUCUAUACAAAGAAGAAAGCAGAUGUUUUUUCUUAUGUUACUUGCUGCUGUUAGAAACUCCUUUUAAAAUGCAUUUAUCCUGAAGAAAUGAUCAUUACUAUUGUUCCAUCUUUCCAUGCCGUUAUUAGUGGUUAACUGUAGCUACCGUUUUGGGAGUGUUUUGAGGAUUUUACACCUGAACAAGGAUUCAAUAAAAUCCCCAAAGUAACAGUA